GCGCCAAUGGAUCUGGUUGUGGUCCUGGUGCUCUGUCUCUCCUGCCUGCUUCUCCUCUCACUCUGGAAACAGAGCUCUGGGAAAGGGAAGCUCCCGCCGGGCCCCACUCCUCUCCCGAUUCUUGGAAAUAUCCUACAGUUAGAUGUUAAGAACAUCAGCAAAUCUUUAACCAAUCUCUCAAAAGUCUAUGGCCCUGUGUUCACUGUGUAUUUUGGCAUGAAGCCCAUCGUGGUCUUGCAUGGAUAUGAAGCAGUGAAAGAAGCCCUGAUUGAUCUGGGAGAAGAGUUUUCUGGAAGAGGAACAUUUCCAUUGGCUGAAAGAGCUAAUGUAACAAAUGGAAUCCUUUUCAGCAAUGGGAAGACAUGGAAGGAGAUGCGGCGCUUCUCCCUCAUGACCCUGAGAAAUUUCGGGAUGGGGAAGAGGAGCAUUGAGGACCGAGUUCAAGAGGAAGCCCGCUGCCUGGUGGAGGAGUUGAGAAAAACCAAUGGGUUGCCCUGUGACCCCACUUUCAUCCUGGGCUGUGCUCCCUGCAAUGUGAUCUGCUCCAUUAUUUUCCAGAACCGUUUUGAUUAUAAAGAUCCGAUUUUUCUAGAUCUAAUGGAAAAAUUGAACGAAAUCCUCAGGAUUCUGAGCUCUCCAUGGGUUCAGGUUUGCAAUAGUUUCCCUGCACUCAUUGAUUAUUUACCAGGAAGUCAUAACAAAGUAAUUAAAAAUGCUGCUGAUUUAAAAAGUUAUGUGUUGGAGAAAGCAAUGGAACACAAAGCAUCCCUGGAUAUUAACAACCCUCGGGACUAUAUUGAUUGUUUCCUGAUCAAAAUGGAGCAGGAAAAACAAAAUCAACAAUUGGAGUUUACUUUGGAAAACUUGACAACCACUGUAUUUGAUUUGUUUGGAGCUGGGACAGAGACGACAAGCACCACUCUGAGAUAUGGGCUCCUCCUGCUGUUGAAGCACCCAGAGGUCACAGCUAAGGUCCAGGAAGAGAUUGACCAUGUGAUUGGAAGACACCGGAGCCCCUGCAUGCAGGACAGAAGCCACAUGCCCUACACGGAUGCUGUGGUCCAUGAGAUCCAGAGAUACAUUGACCUGGUCCCUUCCAGUCUUCCCCAUAUGGUGACCCAUGACAUUGAAUUCAGAAACUACAUCAUCCCCAAGGGCACAGGUGUAUUAGUAUCACUGAGUUCCGUGCUGUAUGAUGACAAAGUAUUUCCUAACCCAGAAAUGUUUGACCCUGGCCACUUCCUGGAUGAGAGCGGUAACUUUAAAAAGAGUGACUACUUCAUGCCUUUCUCAGCAGGAAAACGGAUUUGUGCAGGAGAGGGCCUGGCCCGCAUGGAGGUGUUUUUAUUCCUGACAUCGAUUUUACAAAAAUUUACUUUGAAAUCUGUGGUUGACCCAAAGGACAUCGACACCACCCCAACUGCCAAUGGGUUCACUUCUGUGCCACCUCCUUACAAGCUCUGCUUCAUUCCUCUGUAAGGAGGUGUCUCCUAUGAUGUUGUCUUCUCCUUCUCAUCUGGGGCAUUGGUCACCUCCUUUCCUCUUCAUUCUUCUGCCUAGGAAUGCCUUCUCAACCUCUCUUCUUGUUAUGGUGCAGUUUCACUGCAGAAAUGUAUCCGCUAUUCUCCAUGUCCUGUAACAUUUGCA